AUGAAGUUCAACCUUGCAAAUUGUCUUAUCCUCCCGGCUCUUGAAGCAACCGCCGCAUACAUUCUGCUUGCCAAUACUCUCUCAGACACCUCUUUGAAGAAAUACUGGCUCACGCUCACCAUUCUCCACAACAGUAUCCUCAUCUUACACAAAUGGUUCAUAUACCCUUUCUUCCUCAGUCCUCUAUGCAAUUUACCGCAGCCCAGAGGCUUUAUACCACUCUUUGGCCAUGGACAAUUUCUCUUAAAGAAACACCAGCCGAGCCGAGACUGGCAAGUUCGCACGAUGAGAACGGUACCGAACGACGGUAUUAUUCUCAGACGGGGAUUCCUGCAUACUACCAAACUCCUUCUGACGACGCCGGCGGCGCUAGCAGAUGUCCUAGUGUAUAAGUGCUAUGAUUUCGAAAAGCCGCGCGUUGGGGCUAACUUUAUCAAGAGAUUCCUGGGGGAGGGAUUGUUGAUGAGUGAAGGAGAGGAGCAUGUGUGGCAGCGGAAAAGCAUCAUGCCUGCAUUCCGUUUCCGACAUAUCAAGGAGUUAUAUCCGGUGUUUUGGGGGAAAUCAAUGGAGUUCUGCGCCGUGGUAAAGAGAGACCUUGGUGUGCAACCAGAUAGUGUCUUGGACGUCUGUUACUAUGCCACACGGGUUACGCUGGAUAUCAUUGGGAUUGCUGGAAUGGGCAGAGAUUUGGGGUCUCUGUAUAACAAGGACGACGAGCUGGCAAAGAACUACCAGGAGAUCCUUGAGCCGACACCCGAGAAGGUACUGUACUAUCUUACCAACGUUAUUUUACCACCAUGGCUGGUGAGAAAGCUACCGUGGAGGUUGCAUGAGAGGGUAACGGUUACGACUAGGAACUUGCGGAGGAUUUGUUCGGAGCUUUUGGUAGAAAGGAAGAUGAAGAUCAGAUGCGAGAAAGCCGAGGGUCAGGAAAGUCGCGAUAUCUUGUCCAUCAUGAUUCGCGGUAACGACCAGUCGGACAAGAACCUCGUGGACCAACUUCUUACUUUUGUAGCCGCAGGUCACGAAACCACAUCCUCUGCACUGACCUGGACUUCCUACCUGCUUGCCCAACACCCAGCCAUUCAAGCUCGGCUCCGCUCCGAAAUCCUUAAGUAUAUUCCCGAUCCAGGCGUUCUGUCAAGCCCUGACUUCGAUGUCGCCAGGCUUCUAGAAAGUAUGCCGUAUCUCAACUGUGUCUGCAACGAAGUUCUCCGACUCUUUCCCCCAGUACCUCUCACAUCGCGCGUCGCUGUCAGGGACACGACAGUCUGCGGCCAUUUCAUACCCAGCGGCACCAUGUUCUGGAUUGUUCCGUGGGCAAUUAACCGAAGUCCGAAGCUUUGGGGACCAGACGCUGAAGACUUCGUACCAGAGCGCUGGAUGGAUACGACGACCGGUCGCGCGACGAUGAACGGUGGAGCAGAGAGCAACUACAGUUUCUUAACAUUCCUGCAUGGCCCGAGGGGCUGUAUUGGAGAGAGGUUUGCGCGGGCCAAGAUGAGGUCGCUUGUUGCGACAUUCGUGGGUAACUUCGAGAUGGAGCUGGCAGAUCCUAACGAGGAGAUUGUCGUGGGUGGCACGCUGACCAGUAAACCGAGGAACGGUAUGAAGCUCAGAUUGAAGGAUGUGAAGUGGGGGCCAUAG